AUGGCAGUGAACAUUCCACCUCCGAAGGAGAUGAAGAUGGCUGGCGAUUUGGCGAUCAUUUUAUUCGUGGCUGUCUGCCGCAAUUGUGAGUUACUUAGUAAUAAUGACAGCCCAUUUCUACUCCUACAGUGUGCAGUUACAUUUGCAGUUCAAUCUUACAAACAAAUUAGAUCUGACUCCAUUGUGUUUUUCAUUUGCUCUUCAGAUGUCCGUGAAAAUCUUCGAAAGCGGCACCAGUCAGUGUCCCGUCACAUCAAAGAGAAAGUGGAGGGUGAAGAGGUGGAACGCAUCAAGGAGGAGGAGGAAGAGCUUUUACACUCCAAAGAGGAAGAGCAAGAGGAAAUUAUCCAGGUUCCAUCCACUGGUGUCCAUUUGAAGAGUAAAGAUGAAGGUCAAAGUGAAGAGAGACGAGGGGCGGAGCUUCCAAGCUGGAACAGCUCAAGUGAUGGAGAGUGUAACAAUAGAGGAUUACAAACAGACGGUCAUGAUGAUGAUGAUGAACAAUCGGAAGAGCUACAUAAAGUCAACAUGAGUCUACGCUCAGGAAAGAACUAUCUGAAAGAUUAUGAGCAGCAGAAUGAAGCUGACACAGAAUCUAAUACAGACAUCGGUGGAGCCACAGAUCAACCACGCCCUGUAGUCCAGCCGUUGCCGGAAAGGCAGCAACUGUCGGUGAAACAGGAACCUUCACCUCCACACAGCACCAGGUCCAGGGCCCCCAGAAGGAGGUCGCUUUGAUCAUCACCAUCAUCAGGUUUUUCAGCUACAAAAGCCUACGCCAAAGCUCAAGCAGCUAAAGCCCAGCUUAUCUUUGCUGAAAAAGAGGCAACCAUGAUGAGACAGAGAGCAGACAUAGACAAGUGUGUUAAAGCAAAAGGCUGAUAUAGAUGCCAGUCUCCACAUUCUGAGAUGUAGAAAAACAAGCAGCAGCAGCUGAGGCUAAAGCUGCAGUCUAUGAAGAAGUGGCAAGUCAGACCGGGGUGUCAGACAUGGAACCCCCCAUUAAUUGAGCCCUUUAAUGCUGCACAGUGCACCAGGGAAUAUGUUGAACAAUAAGGUGAGCUACUCGGAUCCAUGAAAAGAAAUGACAAUGUAUUAGACAGGCAAGUCAUAAACCAACCUGUUGACCACACAACUGCAACUUCAGAUCUAGGUCCAACUAACACCACUUCAUUUCAUCCUUAAGCUCGCACUUUUCAACCCACCAACAACCACCAACCUGAACCAGUUGCAGCACAUCAUUUUGCAAAGUAUUUCAUUCACAAAGAACUAGUCAGCAUUUGUUUACUGCAUUUUGAUGACAAACCAAAAAACCUUUGGGCAUGGAAAACCUCAUUCACUAGAGCAACUAAAGACUUAACUCUAUCAGCUAGAGAGGAGCUAUAUUUAAUAAAGUGGUUUGGCCCAAAGUCUUCAGAACAGGCUAAAAGGAUUCGUGCUGUACGAACACUCUUAGUCCUGCUGCAGGGGCAAACAUGGUUUGGAAACGUCUCAAGGAAUGUUACGGCUCCUCACAGGCCAUUGAGGAUACACUUUUAAAAAGGAUAGGAGUGUUUCCAAGACAAACAAACAAAGGUAGUGACAAGUUAAGAGAACUUGUUGACAUCGUCUUAGAGUUACAGUGUGCUAAGUCAGAUGGUGCAUUUCCAGGGCUUGCAUACCUGGACACAGCUCAAUGAGUGAGACCAAUAGUUGUAAAACUUCCCUUGAACCUGCAGGAAAGAUGGAAAGGAAGAUGGACAAUGGUAGGAUUGCAAUACAAAGAGACUUAUAGUGUGUCGUUUCCCCCCUGUCCUGUUUUUGUGCAGUUUGUUCAGCAACAGGCGAAAAUGAGAAAUGAUCCAACCUUUAAUUUAUCCAGCUGUAACAGUCAAGCGUCCACUCACAGAAAAGUCCAAAUCACACAAUCGCAAAGCUACUGUGUCAGUACACAGAACAGAGAUUUCAGAGAAAAAACAAGAUGGUUCAGAGGAAAAGAAAAUAGAAGAACCAUAUUGACAGUGCCCGAUUCAUAAAAAGCCACACCCUUUUAAAAAAUAUAAGUAAUUUGGAGACAAAACCAAUUGAGGAGUAUCGACCCUUUCUCAAAGAGAAAGAAAAAGAGCUGUUAUAGAUCUUGUGGUUCACUGCAGCAUUUUGCAAAAAAUUGUAAGGCGCCAAUCAAGUGUGCUAAGUGUGACAGUCCCCAGCAUAUGUCAGUGCUUCAUCCAGGUUCAGUUCCCGUCCCAAAAUGCGACGCCUCAAAGAGAGCAGUCACUGAGGAGAAAACAGCAGUGCUCUCCAAGUGCAUAGAGGUAUGUGGUCAGAGUGAAAGCCCAGGCUCUUGUUCUAAGAUCGGUUUAGUGGAAGCUUAUCCAGAAGGCCAAAAAGACAAAGCAUUAAAAAUGUACACAGUGAUUAACGAAGUCCCUAGCUAAGACAGAGUUCUUCGACUUGAUGGAAAUCAACACCUCACCCACCCUGUAAACUCUCAAUUUCUCAGUUUAGGAAUCUGUUGGAACUGAAGUGUGUCUUCUGCUCAUAUUUAGUCAUGACUGUAUAACUCAUGUUUGAAGCA